GCUAAUCACAACGAACGGAACACAUUGAAAUGGAUUCGCGAACCUUCGUAUUACUUCUGCUAAUUGGUUGCCUUAUUGUUGGAUGUUGCAUAGCAGCUCCUCAAGGAUGUGGCGGUGGAUUUUAUACCAAAAAUGGGAAUCUGGUGAUCGACGUAAAUAAUAUUCAAAGCCAUCUCGACUGUGUAAAUCGGCAGCAUCAACGUGGAUAAAACCCUUAUAUGAAAACUAGUUUUAUUCAUUAGUAUAUGCAAAAAUGUCAAAAUGUCAAUAAAUUAUAUGUAUUUUCUGUGACUGUUUGUUGAUAAACAAGUGCUAAUGCAGGUGGAGUGUUGAAGGCACGCGCUAAUUUUUUAAACAAAUUUGCUUGCAUACAUACGUUAUUCUUAUAUCCCGCACAUGUUACAAUAGACAAUAAAAAUCAAAACGCACAAUUU